CAUUUCAGGCAUGGAGGACAUGCCCUCUAAAGCUCUUAGGAUGUUUUGUCUGGAGAAAUUGAUAAAGCUAUUUCGCGAAAAUGCAUAUUGAAGCCAACCAAUGCCUCAACUGGAGCGCGAAUUCGAUGGCGUUAAUGAUCCGGAGCCUGAAGAAGUGGCGGGUUUGGAACUGUUCACUAAGUUGCAGAGGCUAACUGACAUAUCAGGAGAUGGCGAAGUGAAAAGUUUGAUUUUAAGAUGGAGCCAGUAGAGACAUGGAAAGUGGAAACCACCAAAUGUCUCUUCUCUUGAAUACCAUUUCAGAGGAUUUAAUAGGUGAAGAAGAGGAUUCUACCAAGUUCCUUCAUUGAUAUUUGAAACGAGUGCAAAUUUAAGCCCGAGUGGGGAACAUUGGCCAGAAUAAUACUCCGUAUUUAUUUAGUUGCUGGCUGGCACUUUUGGGGGUAUUUAAUCCAGUAAGUUAUCAGGUUUCUUGUUUGGUAUCAUCAUAGACGUGAUUUUUCAUUUUUUCCUGGCCCUGAAUAUGAGCAAGGACCCAAAGUUCCAGGAGCGGUGGGAAUUUAGGAGGAGAGAUGACGAGUUUAAUUCUUCCAGUGAUGACUCCAAAUCAAGCUCCAGUUGUGAUGCACGUCGAAUGAAACAUAAUUUACUUCCCAGAAUUAUUUUGUCUCAGUGUGUAGAGUCUAACGAUGACCUUAGACCUCAGGAGAGGAAUCUACUUGAUAGUAAUUCGGAUGUUAAUUUUCGAUGCAUGGAAGCUACAGAAAAACACAUUGGAUCAAGCAAUCGCUGUAAAGCUACCAAGAAUGUUAAAAGGAGAGAUCCUGUCAAGCACAGCCCGAAGAAGCAGAAGAGUAGCGCCAUGGAGAGUGCAUUAUGGGAUGAUCUCAAGACUUUCAGAGAGUCCGUCGUGGGGGAACUCAAGGUUGCUAGAGAAACUAUGUUCACACAGAUGAAAGAUGACAUGACAAAACUGAACCCUCAGAAAUCAGCUCCCACGCCCCGAAGGAAAGUACAGAGUACUGUAAAAAGACAGCCCAAGAACAAAAGUGAACCGUGCAGGAGAAAUCGCAGUCACUCUUGCAAACCAGCGGUUAGGUCUCUGGAGAAGAAAAUGGACCUUGAUUCUACCAAUUGUUCUACAAUCUGCAUAGAGCAAGUAAGCCGUGAUCAAGCCCUCAAAGCUGUCCCGUCAUACAAGAACAACGAGAACAGAUCAGUCAUAUCUUUGAAGAAGCCAAUUUGUUUAGUCAAUGAUUCUGAACAUUCUGUUUCUGCUUCAUAUCCAACUUUGCCUACUGUCUUCACAAAAGCGCUGGUUGAAAAUCUGAACAACAUGGUCCCUUUGAGGGAUCAAAUUCAGCCAACCGUGAUCACGACUGACAAAGACUCAAUUAUAGAAAAGGAAAGUUUGGGCAUCAAUGCAAACAAUCAUAUUGGUUACAUUCUUGGCAACCAGGAGGAGGAACCAUCUGGAAGUUUUACCCACAUUAACUCCAAAAGUCUUUGCCUUUAUGAUCAAAGCAGAAUGAACAUGGCAUUCCAAGUACCACCCCUCCAUAUGCUGUAUAAUACUUCCAACAUUUCAAGCCAAGCCAUUCCCGAGAACACUUUGCAAGGAAAUAACAGAUUAGUCCUGGGGACGAACAGCGGAACUCUAAGCUUCUCUGGGGGAAAUCUUGCUCUUGCAGAAUGCUUUAUCUCUAAUAGUGUGGGCAGCCAUAUGGCUUACAGAAGAAACAGGGGGCUAGUAUCAUUUAGAUGUCAAAAUUACAAAGAAAACCAUCUUUUACAAAAUAGUUUGGAGAAAGAUUAGGAAAUGCUUUUACUGUGGAAGUGGAUUGAUUGAUUAUGUGGUUUCUGCUCUUUAUUCUGUUGUGGAAUUGCCUCAUGUUUUGCUGUCAAAUACUCAUCCUGAUGAAUGUA